CCCAUUUCUAGUAACGGCCUCCCCAACUGAAGAUGUCUACCAAUGGAGUUGAAACAGAAGACAAACCACCUGCUCCUCCGAUGAGAAAUACCAGCACUAUGAUUGGGUCGGGAAGCAAAGAUGCUGGGACUUUGAACCAUGGCUCGAAACCUUUGCCUCCCAACCCCGAAGAAAAGAAAAGGAAGGACCGAUUUUACCGAGCUAUUUUACCUGGAGAUAAAACCAAUAAAAAGAAAGAGAAAGAGCGGCCGGAGAUCUCCCUCCCUUCAGACUUUGAACACACGAUCCAUGUGGGGUUUGAUGCAGUCACGGGAGAAUUCACAGGAAUGCCAGAGCAAUGGGCGCGUUUGCUGCAGACAUCCAACAUCACCAAGUCGGAGCAGAAGAAGAAUCCCCAAGCAGUGCUGGAUGUGUUGGAAUUUUACAACUCCAAGAAAAUCUCCAACAGCCAGAAGUACAUGAGUUUCACAGAUAAAUCGACAGAGGAUUACAAUUCAUCGAAUACGUUGAAUGUGAAGGCUGUCUCUGAGACCCCGGCAGUGCCCUCAGUCUCUGAAGAUGAAGAUGAUGAAGAUGAUGCAGCUCCACCCCCGGUGAUAGCUCCACGACCUGAACACACAAAAUCCAUAUAUACCCGCUCUGUGAUAGACCCCCUUCCUCCUCCUACCAGAGAUGUGGCGACCUCUCCUAUUUCUUCUCCUUCGGAAAACAACACAACAGUGCCUGACAUGCUGGCCAGGAACACGGAGAAACAAAAGAAAAAGCCAAAAAUGUCAGAUGAAGAGAUCUUGGAAAAAUUAAGAAGUAUUGUGAGUGUGGGUGAUCCAAAAAAGAAGUACACGUGUUUUGAGAAGAUUGGACAAGGAGCCUCAGGUACAGUUUACACGGCAAUUGAUGUAGCUACAGGACAGGAGGUUGCAAUCAAACAGAUGAAUUUGCAGCAGCAACCCAAAAAAGAACUGAUUAUUAAUGAAAUCCUUGUGAUGAGGGAAAACAAAAACCCCAACAUUGUCAACUACUUGGACAGUUACCUUGUAGGAGAAGAGCUCUGGGUGGUCAUGGAAUACUUGGCAGGAGGCUCCCUAACAGAUGUUGUGACAGAGACCUGCAUGGAUGAAGGACAAAUUGCAGCUGUGUGCCGAGAGUGUCUCCAAGCUCUGGAAUUCCUCCAUUCAAACCAAGUUAUUCACAGAGACAUCAAGAGUGACAACAUCCUGCUGGGAAUGGAUGGCUCUGUCAAACUAACUGACUUCGGCUUCUGUGCCCAGAUCACUCCUGAGCAAAGCAAACGCAGCACCAUGGUGGGGACACCGUACUGGAUGGCACCCGAAGUGGUGACGCGGAAAGCGUACGGGCCCAAAGUGGAUAUCUGGUCGCUGGGGAUAAUGGCCAUCGAGAUGAUCGAAGGAGAGCCCCCCUACCUCAAUGAGAACCCCCUGAGAGCCCUGUAUCUAAUUGCUACUAACGGGACUCCAGAACUGCAGAAUCCGGAAAAACUUUCACCCAUAUUCCGAGACUUCUUAAAUCGCUGUCUUGAAAUGGACGUGGAAAAGAGAGGUUCUGCGAAAGAGCUGCUGCAGCACCAGUUCCUGAAAAUUGCAAAGCCUCUAUCUAGUCUCACUCCCCUGAUCAUUGCAGCUAAAGAGGCAGCCAAGAACAACCAUUAAAGUGAACGCAGUCAUCGUGUCAAGACUUUUUAGAUGUUCAUUGCAGAGACUGAAUUCCCUGCCCUUCUCCCCUUCUGCUCCUUCGUCACAGGGGUGUUCUUAAAACUUUGAUCUGCCCUGAAGGGUGGCAGAGGUAUCGUUCACUGAAUGUGGAAGGGCAUGCAACAGGGACAUUGCUGAUCGUGCGUAGUGAACUGUCUUUCCAUCCUUGCGAUGGGGAUGAGAGUGAAAGAGUAUUUUGUAUGGUUGAGAAUGUCUGAACCUGACCUACACGUAGCAAAGCCAGUUUGUUUUCAUAUUUCCUACUGUGUUUUAUUUUGAAAAAAUAAUGUGGAGCCUUAGAUCAUGUUUAUCUUAAUAAAUUAAAUCUUUUUGCUGGCUGGACUUUUCCUGCUUCUGGCAAGCUGCUGUUACACCACUGAGGCUGCUCUGUGCUUUGGAUGACUUGAGGAGGGAAGGAAGCAGGCAGCAGGAUGGGAACAGCUGUGACAACUGAAAGGGGAACGCGAGGGUGUGAAUGUGCAUCUCUCCUGCAGCACCGCUGGAUGCGUCGAGGGAGCGUGGAGAAAGCCUCUGUGUGCUUCCUGCAGCCGUUGGAGAACCUCUUAAUUCAUGGAUGAUCUUUUUGACAAAUUGUGUGAAUUGCAGUCCCUCCCC